GUCAGGGAAUAAAAAAUGUCAAUAGGGUAACAAUCAAAAUUAUAGACAUCAAAAUUAUUAGUUUAAAAAUAUGGUAUCCUCAAAACAUUCCAAUAUUCCGGAAAAUUUCUGUAGAAUCUGGACACCAAAGAGAAAAGCUCCAAAUAAACAUAGACAUAAGAAAUGGUUAAGGCAAGAAUCAAACUAUUUGUACAAUGCACACGAACAGCAAAUGAAAGAAUUACGAAAGCUGAAGAAGAGGCUGAAAGAAGAAAAUACUUUAAAGAUUAAAGAAUCUGCAUUAAAUUACAAAGCAUCCGCAAGAAUAAUUAGUUUGGCUCAACCGAAAUUUGAACGCAAGAAAUUAAUUCAAAUGGAAGGUACAAUGUCCUACGUCAGUCCAAGCGCCUUAAGGUAUAUGCCAACGAGAAGAAUAUUGGAACUGGCAAAACCCAAAUAUAUUUCUGAGAAAAGAGAAAUGACCUGGCAACACACAUUUGUAUAAACUGCAGAGCAAU